GUUAUCGAGCAGGAAAACCUACGUAGUGUGCUGCUGAAGCUAAACCAGGUCGGACCGCUGUCAAAAAGACUUGCAAUGAACCGGAUACGAAUCCACGUUUUGCCUUCGAGUCGGAACCGGGUGACCCAGACACCCCGUCCUCAGGAGCCACAGGCCUGCUCCUUUACACAGCGACCGUGCUCUCAGCCCCGCCUGGAAGGCCUCGAGUUCUGCAUCAAACACAUUUUGGAGGACAAAAACGCCCCAUACAAGCAGUGCAGCUACGUCUCUGCCAAGAACGGCAAGCGUUGCCCCAAUGCUGCACCAAAAGUGGAGAGGAAAGAUGGAGUCACAUUCUGUGCAGAGCAUGCUCGCAGGAACGCCAUGGCCCUCCGAGCUCAGAUGAGAAAGGCAACGGCCGGUCCGUCCCCAGAGUCCCUGUUGUCCCAGCUUAGUGGAUACAACCGAGCAGAGACGCACAGCAUCGACGGAGGCCGCUCUGAAGCUAGCCGUAUUCUUGAUGAGGACAGUUUGAGUGAGGAGGAGCAGGGUCCGUUAGUCCUGGACCAGACAUGGAGAGGAGACCCUGACAGUGAGGCUGACAGCGUCGACAGCGAUCACGAGGAUCCUCUAAAACAUGCAGGGGUGUACACAGCAGAGGAGGUGGCACUCAUCACACGAGAAAAACUCAUCCGGCUUCAGUCCCUCUACAUCGACCAGUUCAAACGCCUGCAGCACCUGCUUAAGGAGAAAAAGCGCAGAUACCUGCACAACCGCAAAGUGGAGCAUGAAACUCUCGGGAGCAGUCUGCUGACGGGGCCCGAAGGUCUGUCCAUGAAGGAGAGGGAGAACCUGAAGAAGCUCAAAGCGCUGCGCCGAUAUCGUCGUCGGUACGGUGUGGAAGCCCUGCUGCACCGACAGCUCAGGGAGAGGAGGCAGGCUGUGACAGAAGGAGCGCCUCAGCCACACACAAGAACAGUGCAUGAGAAGUGCAUCGCCUUUGUGGAGGGAACCCGAUGUACCAACCCCUGCCUGCCCAUGACCCGGCACUGCGUCUCACACAUCUUCCAGGACAGCAAUCAAGUGCUUUUCAAAAUGUGUCCAGGCAUGAAAGACAUCCCAUGUGAACGCACCGUGCACAUGGGUCAGUCUGACGAUCCCCGCUGCCCGCUUCACCUCACCCUGCCUCCCCCCAUGUACCAGCCUGAGCAGGAGCCGCCGCCACAGGAGCAGAUCACCCCUGCAAGCAGAGACAUGUAUCUGAGUGCGGCAGAGCUUCAGCCCACAGAGAGCCUUCCUCUAGAGUUCAGUGAUGACCUGGAUGUGGAAGGGGACGGUAUGCAGGGUCCUCCGUCCCCCCUACAGUUUGACACGGCCCUGGCCCUGGAGGACCAGACCAUCAGAGCCAUCGCCGAGGCCCCGAUGGACAUCCUGACUGGUGAAGACCCAGACCAGGUGGACCUGGACGCCUCGGGACAGGAGCUCUCAGAAAGAGACGUGGAUGCCAUCAUGCAUGACCAGGUUAACUCUCAGUCAGGGUCAUCUUGAGUCGUUCUUGUCAAUGAUGACGCCCAUACGCUGUGCGGCUAAAAACAACACUACAAUGGCUUUGUAUGUAAUGUAUGGGUCUAAUAAAAUCUUGGUCACAA